CAUGAUACACACAUAAUGAAUUCCACAGCAUCCUCACCAGAAUCAUGUCUCUCAAUUGACCGGGUCUUCGACAAGAUUCAUUCCUCUGAUUACAAGGCUGCACUUGCCAACAGUGCUAAACGGAAACGAGUAUUGAGCUUCUAUGGUCAAAUAACACACAUGGUUAGCGCCACCAAAAUGGGACAUACAACAAUGACUAAUAAUAGCACACCCUGUACUGCCAUCGAUCUUGACACAUUUCCGAGCACACACGCACUGGACGUUAUUAUAUCAGAAAAGCGCUACGCUUCUACUGCAUCAUCUUCCUCGGGUCAGCUGCUUGAGGUGCUUCAGGACUCUCGUCCCUAUUCGCUCCACAAGGAUGCCAUAAAAAUAUUCCAAAAAAUGUGGAAUGGAGAGACUCCUGACCAUAUCAUCUGGCUAAAGCAGUUGCAGGAACAAUCAAUAUCAGAGACAGCUCGAGAGUGUUCACGGAUCGAGAAUGAACAACAAGCGGAAAUAGCAGAAAAAAUGACUAAGAGCGGUAUAAAUAUGAUUCAGCUCUCGGAUGAUGAAUCAACGACGAUCAGCAAGGGUACUACUGCUAGCAACAGUGAGGAAGAAAUUGAUUCUCCUGAGAACGAUGGAAAGGAAUCCGUAACUCAUCGGUCAGAUCCAGGGCAUGGAUACUACUCCAUUGACAGAGCUAAUGUAUUUCAGUCAAAACAUGAGGGAGAAAACCACUCUAUCCCAAGAAUGCCACAAAAAAUCGUUGCUGUUCUACUGAAUAACUGCCUUGUCGACACUCAAAAUCAGAACAACACUCUUUCAGGAGAAUCUUCGACGAGCGCACUCCUUACUCUUGGUUCUGUAAUGGAGGUUACAAGAGCUGUUAUGCUUUGGGAAGAGAUCAGUAAGGAAGAAGGCGCCAAAGUAUCAUUUCUUGGAAUAGCAGGGAAAACGAAGGUUAGAGCAAUGCCAUUAUCCCCUUCUCUCAUGAAGAAGAGAUCGAUUAACAAAGGAGUAAUGCAGGGCAGCAAAAUAUUGAACAAAGCAGAUCAAUUCACUAUUCAUCAUCAAGUAAGACUUCACCAUGAGCCUGAGCGACCUGGGAAGCGAAAGCGAGCACGAUCUCCUGUUUUUUUUAGUGAUGAGAAAGGUAUUGACGUCCCAGAAAGCUCUCUUCCUGUGCAAAGCAGACCUCCGAAGACAAAGCCAGUUAUUUCAGAGAUGUCCGAAACAUUAAAAGUCUCAAAGUUGAUGACAUUCAAGCAACAGAGGGACCGACCACGAGCCAUAAGCCCUUUAGACCUUUUUGUUCGACGGAGAGCUGAUUACAGCCCUCAAAGUGACAGCUUUGAUGAUGGUAUUAUUUUUCUUUCUGACCUAUGGUCAUCACUACCAUUUUCCAAUAUGACUACUGAUGCCUCCACCUAUUCAAAUGAUGAAUCUAUCAAGGUACCAAACCUUGACAUUACCAGACACAUCUGCUGGUUGACUCGGAUACACACUAUAAUAAUCCGGGCGAUCUGUAACGAGUGCAAUAACGAUUACAAAGGGAUGAGUUGUAUUUUUGGAUGUCUAUCGCGCAAAUGGCGCCUCCACACCCAUAUGGAAUGCUCGAUCACCGACGGCACUGCGGAAGCUAAGUUGGUGCUUUCUGCCGACCAAGAGGAUAUCUUGUGGACUCUGUUAGGGCUCAAAAAACGAAGCGAUGCAGGGGCAGUCGACAAGGGUUCUAACGAAGCCAUGGACAGAGCAGGCAGUGGUAAUAUUGUGGAUCGCAAUUUAGGACUAGACACAAUGUUCAGCUCCAGAAGUACUAAUUUUGGUAAAAGCUGCUUCCAUGAAAGCCAACAAGAAACCAUAAACAAAGUACUUCAGAGUCUGGCUCGAAGAGGCAAGUUAUUAUACAAGGCGCCAGCUGCAUCAUGCUUCAAUCGGAAUGUAAAAUCUAGCGACCAUAACGAGGGGAUUGAACAUGUUACCAAGAUUGAUCAAUACCAGACACCACAAGAACUUGCAGAAGAACAAGUCUGGUUAGACAUCUGUACCGCUGUGUGGCGAAGAUGCGAACGCUUCAUCUUGCAUGCUCAAAUUGUAUCUACAGCACCCUCAACAGACAUAACAAUAUCAGCAAAAGCCUCAACUACCGUCACAAAAAAUGUGCCACUCAAAAUUUCAAUGACUCGGAUCAAUCACCAGAAGACUAUCCAAACGUUAGUGCGGCCACCACUUGUCCUUCGCGCCAUUUAUGUAAAAUGGAUUACACCGAGGACAGAGGCUAACGUUCUGUUGGGCCAAUUGAUUCAUUCAUCGCAAUAA